CAGAAAGCAAACCGAAUGAGACAAGGACACGGAGGGGACUAACCGCCUGAAGGAUUGUUUAUUCCUACCUCUGUGCUGGACUAUAACUUUCCGAGAAAACUAAUUAGUAAGUGGUGGUAUGCUGGCUGACACUUCAAACUGAGUUUAUGGCCCGAGGCAUUUCCACAGCAGAACCGCUUCAAAACACUUGCGUACUUCUCGAGAAAACCUGAACAUUUCUUUCACCUGUGCUUACAGAAAUGGUUGGCAUCAAACCCAAAGACGCGGUGCCCUCUGGGCCAGUUAAGUUCUUCGGAGCAGGCACGGCGGCCUGCAUUGCUGACCUCAUCACCUUUCCAUUAGAUACAGCCAAAGUCAGACUUCAGAUUCAGGGAGAGUCUAUUAAAGGUGAAGGUGCAGUGAAAUAUCGGGGGGUGUAUGGCACCAUCACCACCAUGGUGCGCACAGAGGGGGCCAGGAGUCUUUACAAUGGGCUGGUGGCAGGACUCCAGAGGCAGAUGAGCUUUGCCUCUGUUCGAAUUGGCCUAUACGACUCCAUGAAGCAAUUCUACACUCGGGGCACUGAGAGUGCUGGGAUUGUUGUUCGUCUCAUGGCGGGCUGUACCACAGGAGCCAUGGCCGUGGCUUUUGCACAGCCAACAGAUGUGGUGAAGGUGCGUUUCCAAGCCCAGGUACGACUACCUGGCGGUGGGAGGAGAUACAACAGCACGCUGGACGCCUACCGGACGAUAGCCCGAGACGAGGGAGUACGAGGCCUUUGGAAAGGUUGUAUGCCCAACAUCACCCGUAAUGCCAUUGUAAACUGCGCUGAGCUGGUGACCUAUGACCUGAUCAAAGAACUCAUCCUGAAGUACGAUCUAAUGACAGACAACCUUCCGUGCCACUUCACUGCUGCCUUUGGGGCAGGCUUCUGCACAACAGUAGUGGCUUCUCCUGUGGAUGUAGUCAAAACAAGGUUCAUGAACUCAACAGAUGGCAAAUACAGGAGCGCCAUCAACUGUGCUAUCAUCAUGGUGAGAAAUGAAGGACCCUCAGCCUUCUAUAAAGGGUUCAUGCCUUCUUUCCUGCGACUGGGGUCGUGGAAUAUUGUGAUGUUUGUGACGUAUGAACAAAUCAAAAGACAUAUGACCAGGGGACAGCAGUACUGGGAGACGCCGUUGUGACCUCAGCUUGUCAGACUGGUUAUUCACACAGAACUGCACAGAACGUCUUACACCGCGAUGGAGCAGUGGUAAUACGGGAAGAGAGAAGGAUGUGAUCAGGGUAUAUGGCAGGAAGCUGUAGCUCUUCAACUUCCUAAAUGAACACAUAGUUAGUGGGCAUUUUUGCAAUACAACACAAAAAAAGAGUCAUUUAAUGCAUUGUAAUGGUGUGCAUCUCCAUUACAAAAAUGCGUAUUGAGGUGUAAAAGAGGCUAGUGAAGCAGUAAUUCCAGAUGGUUCCUGUAUGUUUCAUGUUUUAUCCAUAUAACCUAUAGGCUGUCUGUAACAAAGCUUUAAAGAUGAAUUCCUGUGUUUACAAAUACUGUGAGAUUAUAUAGACAACUUUAAGGCAUUUCAUGUGUUAUUUAAAGUCGAUUCUUCAUGAGCAAUAGACAGAUUGAGUCUCACAACACAGACCUUAACAGUGACCAUUUCUAUGUUUUUCUCCGUACGUUUCAUUCUGUUUCAUGGUUUACAAUGUUUACCAUAGUUUGUGGAUGUGGUCAGGAGUUUAUAUAUGGGGUAAUUCAAUGUGCGGCUUGCUGUAAAUAGCAUGAUUUAUUGCUGGUCGAUAAGUCAUAAAUAUGAUUGUGAAAUGAUAAAUGAAGUGACUUUCUUUGAA